AUUUCAUUAAUUUGCAAUUCUUAUUUCUUUGUCAUCUUACUAUUUUUGUGAUCGCCGAUUAGUUGAAUAGGCAGUUGUUGAGGAGUAAAAGAUAGUUGAAUUUAAAGUGCAAAAUUUUCUAUUAAACCGCAUUAAGAUUUGCUUAUUCCUACCUGAGACUAUGGUUUACCCUUAUAUUUAAAAAUAGUAUUGUUGAACGACAAAGCCCAUUUGUUGCAAUUAUGUCUAGCGCUGAUAGAAUUGAUUUUGAGAUGGAAGUUGAGGUAGAAAGUGCUUCAUCUGGCCCAUCAGUAGACGUUCCUAAUCCUGCUUCUCCUGCAGCACCUCCUCCGGGAGUCAACAAAAGUGUUGUAGUUACAAAUGCUUCGUCUGGUUCUGUUACCGUGUCACUUCACCCUUUAGUUAUUAUGAAUGUUUCGGAACAUUGGACCAGAUUACGUGCUCAAGAAGGUUCUCCGCAAACAGUGGUUGGAGCACUAAUAGGCAAACAAAAAGGAAGAAAUAUUGAAGUAAUGAAUUCAUUUGAACUAGUAUUUAGUGUUAUUGAAGGGGAUAUUGUUAUUGAUAGAGACUACUAUAAUUUAAAGGAAGAACAAUUCAAACAAGUAUUUUCUGAAAUGGAUUUCCUGGGAUGGUAUACAACUGGAGAGACUCCGACUGAAAGGGACAUUGCAGUACACAGGCAAAUUUGUGAUAUUAAUGAAUGUCCUGUUAUGUUAAUGCUACACCCAGGUGGCAGGAAUGGUGAGCAACUGCCAGUUGAUCUAUAUGAAUCAGUAAUAGAUGUGGUGAAUGGAAGAGCAACAAUGCUACUUGCUCCCCUUACAUAUACUUUGGCUGCUGAAGAAGCUGAGAGAAUUGGUGUGGAUCAUGUAGCUAGGGUAUCAUCUGGCGAAGCAGCAUUUAACAGCUUAGUCGCCGAUCACUUAACAGCCCAGCGGUCAGCUAUAAAAAUGCUAGUCUCAAGAGUAAGAGCAGUACUCAGUACAGUACGGGCAAUAAGGGAUGGUACUUUGCCUCCAAGACCAGCGUUACUUAGAGAAGCACGAGCUUUAUCAAAUCGCCUGCCUUUGCUCACAUCGCAACAGUUUCGCACACAUUUCUAUAAUCAAUGCAACGAUGUGGCGCUCAUGACCUACCUGGGUACAAUCACUAAGGGAUGUAACGCUAUCAACCAGUUAGUGAAUAGAUUCAAUGUGAUGUAUGACAGACAGGGUGUGGGACGGCGCAUGAGGGGUCUUUUCUUUUAGGGGGGACGCUAAGAGCCACAGAAAAUGUCAAUUUAUUUGCAUCUAUUUAGUUUUACCGUAAUUUGAUUUCAAAACUGUUUUCGUUUCGACCAUAGGUUUAUUAUCGUUCAAGUCUGUUUUAUGAAAUGUGCUCGUCGUGAAAAUGAUAAACUACAUUGUAUUGAGGACUUAAAACGAUAUUUGUUGCCAUAGCUAUCACAUUCCUCUCAUAUGGAAAUAAUAUAGUAAUAGUUACGAACAUCUCUUUUGAUCACCCUGUAGACAAGGGCUAAAAGGCAUUGUCUUUCAACCAAGAAACGAUUAAAAUGUGCUGUAUGAACAAAAGAUAAGUUCUAAGCACAAUGAUUCAGAUUUUAUAAAUUCACUUACUAUUUUUGCAAUGAGAAAAUUUUUUGCAUUGAAAAUCCUAGUGGAGAGACUUAAAACGAUAUUAAAAUAUAAUUUUUAAUCUGUUCGUUACUUAAGCGUUGAUAACAUUUUCUGUGGCUCUAUGACUGUAUUUCAAGAUGACACUUAUUAAAAUAUAUUUUUUGACUUUCAAUUAGUAACCAAGCACAUAAACUAUUAAAAUAUGGUCUUAUAGUUUAUGAAAGAGCGCAGAUAAAAACUAUUAUGAACAUUCUUUGUUAUGUAACAUGCUAUUAAAAUUGACAAGUCAAAAAGCCAUCAUGACAUUUUUUACAUCUUGAGAUAUUGGCCAAAAUGGUUGACGCCCGUUUACUCCUAGGAUUAAGUUCUCAUGUUGCUGUAAUAUUUUAGAAUAUUGUGUACUGAAACUUCCAAUAAAACGUUAUGAGUC